CAGCCUACGACUCUUUCCUCGGACCAAGCUACUACAUUAAAGACUCAGAACGACCAACGAUUAACAAAAGAAUUAAAGAGCCUUAUCUGGGACGACAACUUGGCCGCGGAUGCGCAGCAAUGGGCCAACCACCUUGCGUCGAUUGACAGUCUUAUGCAUUCUACAUCCGAUCAACGAGCUAACCAAGGAGAGAAUUUGGCCUAUUCUUUUAACUCCGACGGCGUCUUAUACCCAUUAACACAAGGCGCUCAAGGCUGGGUAGCUGAAGUCUCUAACUAUAAUAAUGAGAUCAUUCCCCAAGGCAAUUUUGCGGCUUAUGGCCAUUAUACUCAAGUCAUGUGGUCGUCUACAAACAAGAUUGGAAUGGCUAAUGCUACGGCCGCCAACGGUGGUGUCUACAUCGUUGCUAGAUAUUCGCCCCCUGGUAAUUACCUUGGGCAAAGG